CAAAGUUUACACAGCUUGGUGCAUAUUUUCUAUUAAAACCAUCAGCUCAGCUGUCUCAAAGGAUAUCCUUUAAGAUCACCAUACUCAAAGAGUGCAUUACACCUUCUGGAAUAAUCUGCUGCCUCUUUUCUUAUCUUUGGACCUCUGCAGAGACUGAAUGAGAAGACAGCUUUGCAGGCUAAGCUACCUGCCAAGAUGUUCCGUUUGCAGAAUCCACAGAUGCUGCAUAUGCUAGAGAAAUCCUUGAGGAAUAGUCUCCCUGAGUCCUUAAAGGUUUAUGGAACUGUCUUCCAUAUGAACCAGGGAAACCCAUUCAAUCUAAAGGCCCUGGUGGACAAGUGGCCUGACUUUAACACAGUGGUUGUCCGCCCUCAGGAGCAGGAGAUGACAGAUGACUUUGAUCACUACACCAACACCUACCUAGUCUAUUCUAAAGAUCCCAAGAACUGUCAAGAAUGUCUUGGCACAUCGGAUGUCAUCAACUGGAAACAACAUUUGCAGAUCCAAAGUUCACAGUCCAGCCUGGAUGAGGUGAUACAAAGUCUUGCAGCUGUCAAAUUCGUUGGGGUCAAAAGAUCGCAGUGCCUUCUCUAUAUGAUGCCUAAGACAGCAAGGAAACUGGUUCCUUUCCUGCUGGAGAACAAGAACUUUGGUCCUGAAUCUGGCAGACCCAAGGCUAUUGACCAAGAGAUGUUUAAACUCUCAUCUCUGGAAAUCACCCAUGCUGCCUUGGUAAAUAAAUUCUGGCAUUAUGGUGGUAACGAGAGGAGCCAGAGAUUCAUCGAGCGCUGUAUCCGGACCUUCCUCACUACCUGUCUGCUGGGGCCUGAAGGGACCCCUGUGUCCUGGGCCCUAAUAGACCACACUGGAGAGAUGCGGAUGGGUGGCACCGUGCCUCAGUACCGGGGCCAAGGCCUUGUCUCCUAUGUCAACUAUUUCCAGGCCCAGGCUCUGGAAAACCUUGGCUUCCCCACGUAUAUGCAUACAGACAGAGACAAUAAAUUCAUACAGAAAAUGAGUCACACUCUGCAACAUAUCCUCAUGCCGUGUGACUGGAACCAGUGGAACUGUACACCUCUGUGAAACCAGCCCUGAAUAUAAGUCAAAGUUGGGUGGGCUGUGCAUGUGGCUGGAGGAGUGGGUGCUGGACAGAGAGAAAGAACAAAUUGUAAUCAGCAGGAAGGGAGGGAGUGCUGUUUGGACUCUGGAAAAAAAGUGUGAAUGGCCAACAGGUUUGUGCUCACACUGUCCUUCCAGGCUAGCAGACCUGGUGUGGUCAGAUCGUCCUGGAGUAUGACCCCUGGCUUUGCUCAAUUUCCUACACACCUAGAUCUCAGUGACACUUUUUAUUCAACUGCGUGCUGCCCUAGUGCUCCUCCUGGAAAUCCCGAAUCUCACAUAUGGAUUGUUGCCUGUGGACAAGUCUUGCCAGUUUUGCCAAGAUGUGACACUAUCUCCUGAUUAGUAUAACUUUUUCCUAUCUUUUUCUAUGUCCUCUUUAUUUAGUGGCCAAAAUGUGUCUUAUCUCUUUUGUAGGUAUUUUGAGGUGAUUCUUUCAGGGUUAGCCCUUUGAUCGCUAUUCAAUAACCAUAUUAACAUAUUACCCACAAUUAUGUGAUAUUGGGUGUAGAUGACACCUGGGAGAGUUAAUAAGGGAAGACGAACUGAUGGUAGCAUUUUUCCUCACUGCCAGUCAAAGAAAGUGAGAACAGCAUUAUCUUCCCAAGGCUGGGUUAAUUUCCAUUGUCAUAAGCACCCUACCAUGAAGAAAUUUUAUGUUUGAUUGUAGAAGUUAAGAUAGAAGAUCCAUCAGUCAUAGGACAUGGAGAGGGGAUAGUUGGAAAAGAUAAAAAGAUAGAUCAAUAGUGACAAAUAUUCAAUUACACCAAUAAAGCACAUUUAUAUAACCUUUA